UGUCUCCGGGUCUUGCCCUUGGCUUUGGGCAUUGCGCUGACCACCGCAGCCGCGCCCGCACUCCGCGCCGCUCACUCUCGGAACCUCGUGCCUCGCACUCCUCGCGGAGGCUGCGCGCAAGACUUUCUGGGAAACGUAGUCCCUUCCGUAGCCUCACCGUGCUGAUUACUACGACUCCCAGAAUGCAGUGAGCGCGCGCGCCUGCGUACAACGCCCGACAUCGUCAUUUCCCCGCCCAUUGCAUGGACUCGGUCAGGAGGCGGAGCUCGGCGUUCCUGUUACCAACCACAGCUGUCGCUCAGACAUGGCGGCUCCUGGCCCUGUGACUACCGAGGCGCCCUGUGAACCCUCGCAGCCCCCAGUCAUUGAGGGCUUUAGCCCCACCGUGUACAGAAACCCAGAAGGCUUCAAGGAAAAGUUCCUUCGCAAGACCCGCGAGAACCCGAUGGUACCCAUAGGUUGCCUGGGCACGGCGGCCGCCCUCUCCUACGGCCUCUACAGCUUCCACCGGGGCGACAGCCAGCGCUCCCAGCUCAUGAUGCGCACUCGGAUCGCCGCCCAGGGCUUCACGGUCACAGCCAUCUUGCUGGGUCUAGCUGCCUCCGCUAUGAAGUCUCGACCCUGAGCCUUUGGCCUGGACUCAAAGCUCCGCAGAGAUCAUUCCAAGACCCAGGAGCAACCACCAGCCCUCCUGUCCCCCCGACACGCCCCUGUGUCACUGGGGGAGGGAGCGGCUGAUUGUGUCACCAUAACCGACAGGGUUUUUUUUCAGAAAUCCCAGGUUCCGUUCCUUUAGGACGCUGCAUACUUCUAUUUGUGCCACACUUCUCCACUCCCUACUUAAUAAAUUCUAAUCGACCUGUG